AUGGGGACAGCCCCAGGGCCUGUUCACCUGCUGGAGCUGUGUGACCAGAAGCUUAUGGAGUUUGUGUGCAAAGUGGACCCCCACUUUGUGUGGCUCGAGGAGAUCCAGGAGGAGGCCAGGCGUAUGUUCACCAGAGGAUUCAUCAAGGAGCCGGAGCUGAUGCCCAAAACGCCCUCUCAGAAGAACCGAGGGAAGAGAAGGAUUGCUAACAUUCAGGAUGCCGGCAGAAACCCCAUCCGGAAAAGGAAAAGCCCCGAGGACCCCAGCAAGGAGGCGGGGCCGAUGGAGGAGGCGGGGCCGAUGGAGGAGGUCCCCAAGAAUGAAGAGAGCGCCUUGCGACCCCGAGGUGCCCCCGGGGUGGUCAUUAGUGUGGCUGGCUCGCAGCCUGCGGCCGGUGGCCAGCACAGGCCCUCUGCAGGGCAGCGCGAGGCCAAGAUCCAUCAGGCAGAUGGCCCCGAGGAGCCACCCCAGAGUCUCAGAAGAAAGCUCGACAACAAGGAAGCUGUGCGUGAGCUGGAGGAGGCCCUGCAGCUCCCCCGGAGCAGCACCCCUACCCCGCCCGGUCCAGCCAGCAGGGUGGUGCAGCCUGUCCGGACCUUCCCGCACGCCACGCAGAGGAACCAGGUGCCCAUGACCCCGACCCCGGCCUCCCGCAGCAGGGUCAUAAGAUCCUUCGUUAAGCGAAACACUCCCCUGCGCGUGGACCCUCAGGAGAAGGCGCAGCGGCGCCUGGAGCACCUGCGUCAGAGAGAGGAGGCAGAGCAGCUCCGCAGGCUGAAGGUGGAGGAGGACAAGCGGCGGCGGCGGGAGGAGCUGAAGCUGAAGCGGGAGGAGCGCCUGCGCAAGGUGCUGCGGGCCCGGGAGCGGGCGGAGCAGAUGAGGGAGGAGAAGAUAAAGCAGAUGGAGCAGAAGAUCGCUCCGCGGGGUAAGAAUGAGAAGGCCAAGGAGGAACGACUGGCCGAGGAGAAGGCCAAGAAAGCGGCAGCGGCCGUGAAGAUGGAGGAGCGCAGGAAGCAGGAGGAGGAGGCCCGGAGGCUCAGGGGUGGGCAACAGGAGGAGGAAGAGCAGCAAAGGAAGAAGGAGGAGGAGGAGCAGCAAGAGCAUCUGCUGAAGGUGGCUGAACAGGAGCUGCAGAGGGAGCAGGAGCGGCUCCAGGCUGAGAGGGAGCUGCAGGAGAGGGAGAAGGCCCUGCGGCUGCAAAAGGGGAGGCUGCCGAGGGAAUUGGAGGAGGAGGAGGAGGAGAAAAAGGAAAAGCAGCAGCACUUACCGGAGGAGCAGGAGAAGGAAGCUAAGGAGGCUGCAGCAGCCAGCAAAGGGCCAAACAUGACCAUGGAUGUGCAGUCUCCAGCUUGUACCUCCCAUCAAUCGACGCCACGGGGGCCCAGGACUGCCUCCAAGAUCCACCUGGAUAACUACGGGAUGGAUCUGAACAGCGACGACUCCACUGAUGAUGAGUCCCGGCCCCGGAAGCCCAUCCCCUCCUGGGCCACAGGCGCCCAGCUCAGCCAGGCCAUCCUGCACCAGUACUGCCACCCCCCGAACCUGCUGGAGCUCUUUGGCGCCAUCCGCCAGCUGGACCUGGCGGUCAUCUUCGCGAAGAGCAAGCCGCGCUACCACCAGCGCAGCAGCUCCGCCGCCUGGAGCUCGCCGCCCCUGCAGGGCAGCAGGGUCCCCUGCGACCUGACCUGCAGCCUGAGGUGCUGA